AUGGCCGUUACAAAAAUAUUUAUUCCGAAAAUACCCUUCAAGGUCUCCCACCUCUGCUACCUUCUGUUCUUUUCCAUACUUCUCUUACUAGAAAUCUCCGCCUCUACAGCAGCUGGCGAUUGCGCUGCCGACAGCCCGCCGGAACCCUCUAACCCUCUCAUCGCCUUCCUACAGCGCCUCCAAUCUGACGCUCUCAAGACCCUAGGCCCCGAAUCCUUCAACUCCAAGCUCUACGUCGAUCUCUCUCUCAAGCAUGAUCUCGCCUUUACAGAAGCCGCUUUCGCAACGCUCCCUAGGAUUAACGGAAUCAUUCCAGCCUCCUACCUGCAGAGAUUCUUGGAUGGCUAUUUCGGAGAGGCCGGCAGCGAUUUGGUGUACGCCGAGCCCGAUGACUUCGAGCCGGAGCCAGAGGGCUUUUUGCCCAAGGUGGAAAACUCCGUGGUUAGGGCUUGGGCUCUGCAAGUGCAUUCUUUGUGGAAGAAUCUUAGCAGGAAGGUGUCCGAUGAUGUGAAGGAGCGGCCGGAGAGGCACACUCUACUUCCCUUGCCGGAGCCCAUGAUCAUUGCGGGAGGGGUGUUCAGGGAGCUCUAUUAUUGGGAUUCUUACUGGAUUGUUAGGGGCUUGAUGGUAAGCAAAAUGUAUGACACAGCCAAAGCUAUUGUGAACAACCUUUUAUGGCUAAUGGAUGUUUAUGGCCAUGUGCUAAAUGGUGCAAGGGCCUACUAUACAAAUCGCAGCCAACCUCCGCUAUUGAGUUCAAUGGUAAUGGAGAUCUACAUGAAAACUGGUGAUUUAGCUUUUGUCAACAAGUCAUUUCCUUCACUAGUAAAAGAGCAUACCUUUUGGAAUUCAGGAAUCCAUAAAGUGAUGAUUAGAGAUCUUCAAGGUCAUGAACAUUCUUUGAGUCGGUACUUUGCCAUGUGGAAUAAACCUAGACCAGAAAGUGCAACAAACGAUGAGGAGACAGCUUCCAAGCUUCUAAAUUCUUCUGAUAAAGAAAAUUUCUACCUUCAGAUUGCUUCAGGAGCGGAAACUGGAUGGGAUUUCAGCUCUCGGUGGAUGAGUAAUGCUUCUGAUCUGACUACAUUAUUAACGACGUCGAUCAUUCCUGUUGACUUGAAUGCUUUCUUGUAUAAGGUGGAGCUUGACAUAGCUUUCUUUGCAAAACAACUCGGCGAUAUCCCAACCUCAGAUAAAUUCUUGACGGCUUCAAGAGCGCGGUUGUCUGCUAUGUAUUCCAUCUUCUGGAAUAAAGAGAUGAACCAGUGGCUUGACUACUGGCUUAACACUAGCAACAGGGACUGCGAGUAUAUUCAUCAAUUUGAAGCUAGGAAUCAAAAUGACAAAAUUUUUGCAUCAAAUUUCAUACCAUUGUGGACUUCGAGGCAUAACUCAGGUUCUGUUGAAGAUGGCACUAUGGUGGAAAGAGUUCUUCAAAGCUUUCAAAAAUCGGGUCUGCUCUAUCCUGCUGGAAUUGCAGCAGCGUUAUCAAAAAGUGGGCAACAGUGGGAUUUUCCAAUGGGUUGGGCUCCUUUGCAACAUAUGAUCAUUGAAGGAUUUUCCAAGUCUGGUUCGAAAGCUGCUUGGACAUUGGCAGAGGACAUUGCCAUAAGGUGGUUAAGAACGAAUUAUGCUGCUUAUAACACCAGUGGUAAAAUGUAUGAGAAAUAUGAUGUCGAAGGCUGUGGAAAGAUUGGAACUGAAGGCGUAUACAAACCAAAGACUGGCUUUGGUUGGUCUAAUGGUGUCGUGCUCUCACUUUUAGAAGAAUUUGGCUGGCCCAGUGACAGGGAAAUAGCAUGCCAAUAGUGAAAUCAUGAUUGCAGAGCUGUAUUAAACUUCCAGAGGUUGGUGAAUGCUGCAUUAAACCUAUUUGAAUAUCUCAUUUUUCAAAAUCAAUGGUUUUUUCCCUUUUAUUUGAAGUAAUAAUUUGCACUGGGAUGGGGAUGCCCUCUUCCUCUGAAACAUUGAACAUGUGUAAGAGAGAUCAAGAUUAGCAAUAAGAAUACUGGAUAUAAGGAAGUUUAUCUCUAUGUUUCUUAUAUCUGUGUAUAUUGUUAGGGGCUCAAGCUUGAAUACCCAGGAACUUCCCUAAUGUAAACUCUAUUUUAUAUUUAAAAUAAGUCA